UUUGUAUUUUAUCACUACCGAGUAUAAGUAUAUAAGUAUGACAUGAUAUUUUAUAUAGUAGAGUAUAACAUACACUACCCUCUCCCCCCCUCCUUUUCCCUUAUAUAUACUAGAGACAAACUAAGAAACCAAGCAAACAAAAAUCACAAACAUCAAUAGCAAAAAUGCUACAAGAUCUCCACAACUCCUACUCGGAUUCAUCAUCAACAUCAUCAUCAUCUCAAGAAGAUGAUUACAUAGACAUGGAAGUAGAAAUCGACCACUACCACCACCACCAAUCCUUGGACAACCACAGUAGCAUCUUCAACCAAUCCAUGGACAACCACAGUAGCAUCUUCAACCAAUCCUCAAACAACGAGUUUGAAUUCCAACAAAGCUUCUCGAGCUCGUCCGACCGGGACCUGUACGCCACCACAUCCCCCGCGGACGAGCUCUUCUACAUGGGGAAGCUCCUCCCCCUCCACCUCCCGCCCCGCCUCGAGAUGGUCCACAAGAUCCUCCACUCCACCACCCCCUUCCACAACGACGACGAGCCCUUCUCCACUCCCGUUGCCACCACUCCCUUCGAGUCGUGCAACAUCUCCCCCUCAGAGUCAUGCGAGGUCAGCAGAGAGCUGACCUCACAUGACUACAAGGACAUCAUCCUUGCCAAUCAUGACAAGAAAUCUUGGACAAGGAAGACAAAGAUGAAGAUGAUUAAACAGUCGUCCUCGUCUCCCUCGUCCAAGAUCAAAUGGACCUCCUACAUCAAGUCCCUCUUCACCAAAUCCUCCGGCUGCACGAGCAUGAGCCAACACUCUGCUACCGAUGUUUCAAAGACGAAAAACGAGCAAUUCAAGAAUGUGGCACCGUUCGGGCAAAUCAAGUACAACGGAGAGCAGAGGGGGAGGCACCGGAGAUCAUUCUCCGGGGCCAUCAAACAGCUCUCGAAGCCUAAAUGUUUGACGUCUAAUUUGAACGUGCUGGCCUUGAAGAGGAGCAUCGGCUCGAGCUCGGAGGUUGAGAGCCCCAUUCAGGCGGCUAUUGCGCACUGCAAGAGGUCUCACAAAGCCAGGGAAGAAAGAGUAUCAGUUUGCACAAGUCAUAUGUGAAUGUGAUGACAUCUUUGUGUUAGGUGUCUUUGUUAGUUUUUUCUCUUUUUAUACAAAUAAUUCAUGCUUUGUUUUGUAGAAAAUGUUGUUGGACAUUUUAAUUAGUUUAGUGUUUUUUUUUUUUAAUUAGUUUAGUGUUUGAGCUAUGACUAUGAGCAGUGGGGUAGAAUGGUUUGAUUGGAUAAGUCAAUUUAUUACCUAAAUGUUUGAUUUUCAUCUUUUAAUUAGAGACCAAAUAAAGAUUUAGUAGUAUCAUUUUAUUUC